CGGCCGCCUGCAGAAAGGCCACAUUGCCUUUUGACGGGCAAAGAAGACGACGAUGGCGUACCGCGAGUGGCACUUCCACACGUACUUUCACGCAGAGAACCCGGAAGAGCUGGCCAAGGUCACUGCCCUUCGCAACGCGCUCGUCGCGAACCUCGAGAGCAAGGACCGCCGCUUUGUGGCGGUGCCACUGCACCAUUUUGUCGGCAACAAGACGACCGAGCCGCAGGUGCGCGCCAAGCCCACGCAUGGCCUCAACCUCGUGCCCGUGGGCCCGCACCCGAUCGGGUCGUUCGAGACGUGGGCGCCCGUCGAGCACUUUGCUGAAGUCUACUCGUGGUUCGUCGCCAACCGCAACGGCCUCAGCGUCUUCAUUCACCCGUUGACGCGCGAGGAGAUUCGCGAUCACACGGAGCGCGCUGCGUGGAUGGGCACGCCGCUCGUGCUCGAUGUGAGCUCGCUCGCGACGCAGCUUGCCGAGCCCGCGUCGCAGUACCCGUUCUUUCACCUUGGCUACGCCAGCGAGUAAAUUUGCAGUUGCAUCUCGAGUCGCUAACUAAUGCAUGCUUUGUCGUAUACGUGCUUGCUUGGAGCUCUAGUCAGUCUCUGCUAUUUGGCCACAGUUGUUCGAGCCGAGCGACCACCACUGUACACGGGUCUCGAUCAAUGGGCCCUAGACGUAGUCUGCUCUGGUAAUUAUGGAGUCAUGGCUAGCGACGCUCUUAACGUCGAGUUGAUCGUGC